CUGACCAUCCACUCUGACCACAGCCAGGGGCCACAUCCCACUGCCGCCCAGCGUCCAUCCAUGGAGGUGACCACCGUGUCCCCAUCUCCUGCUUCACCCACUGAAGGAGAUGAUCUGUGUGAGACAGAUGUCACCGAUGUGGCCAUAGACAGUGUGACACUGCUCAUCUGCCUCUGCGGGCUGGCUGGGAAUGGGGCUGUCAUCGGCCUCCUCAGCCUGAAAAUCAGGAAUGCUGACUUCUUUAACCUGGCUGUCAUUGACUUCCUCUUCCUCCUCUUUGCAGUACCCUCUGCGCUCCUCUUCCUGGUGGAGGACAUGUCCUGCUCUCCUAUCCUGCCCCUGCUGCAUGUGAGUUUCCUUUUCCAGCUGUCAGUGGUCUCCUACUACUGGGGGCUCUUCUGGCUGAUGGGCGGCAGAGCUGUGCGGUCUGUGCAAAAGCUCUGCAAGCUCUACUGCCGCUGCGAGCUUCCCAAGCGCCUGGUGUGGGUCCUGGACAGUGUCCCAGUCUGGACCUUCUUUGCUCUCUUUGCUGUCAUUCCUGCAGUGACAUUCCUGUGCCUAUCACACCAGCAGGAGCACUGCCGGGCAGCUCUCAUCUCCAUGUACACCAUCAUCCUGCUCCUCUUUGUUGUACCUGUGGCCAUUUCUCCCAAUUUCAUUAAGUCCAAGCAGGGUUCCCGGCAGCAACAACCCAAGAGGCGCAACAUCGUUAUCAUCAUCAUUGUGCUCCUCACUCUUCUCUUCAACCUCUGGAAUUUCCUGCAGCUCGGUUACGUCACUGUGCCCUCCCAGGUUAUUUACCUGCUCGCCUGCAUCCACAGCAGCAUCAAACCCUUCAUCUACUUCUUGGUAGGGCAGUGCUGGAGGCCCUGCUCCAUGGAGUCCCUCCAACUCUCACUCCAGAGGGUCUUUGAAAAGCCAAAAAAAAAACAAACUGCAUGCAGAAAGGAUGCCCCCAGAGACACGGGGCUCUGAGCCUGUUGGUCCCUUCCACUACUCUGCUGAAGAAACCCAGGAGAGGGGCCGAGGGUUUCCUUGAGCCUCCUGAUUAUACAAUACCCACGAGGUCACCCUCCCCAUGGUGCUGUACUCCUGCAGGAGAAGAGAGCAGGAGCAUUGCCUUGGGUGAUUUUUGUGAAAUGCUCUGCGGGAGCACAUUGCAGCAUGGCUUUCCUCCUCCCUCCUGGAUCCACAUGGCUCCAAGCAGUGCAGCUGGGCUCAGUGCUGUUCCCCACCUCUAUU